AGAGCGCUGCCUGGAGCCAAGGCGCCGGCGGGUUGAGCAGGGCGAUCCCAGCCCGGCGCGGCGAGCAGGGCGGGGCGAGCGCCGCGGGAGCUAGCCUGGCGCCCACCGUGGAAACUGUGGUGAGGUGCCGAGGUUCCCAGCAAGGUUAUAGAGAGAACCCACUGACUGAGGUGAUGGAGAGUGGCCCGGCUGUCUGCUGUCAGGACCCUCGGGCAGAGCUGGUGGAUCGGGUGGCAGCCAUCAAUGUGACCCACUUGGAAGAGGCAGAUGAGGGCCCAGAGCCUUCCAGGAAUGGUGUGGACCCUCCGCCCCGCGCCAGAGCUGCCUCUGUGAUCCCUGGCAGUGCUUCAAGACCCAUGUCAGUGCGGCCCAGCCUCUCUGCUAGGAAGUUCUCCCUGCAGGAACGGCCAGCCGGAAACUGUCUAGAGGCCCAACCUGGGCCUUACUCUACAGGACCUGCCACUCACAUCUCUCCUCGGGCCUGGCGGAGACCCACCAUCGAGUCCCACCGUGUGGCCAUCUCAGACACGGAGGACUGUGUGCAACUGAACCAGUACAAGCUGCAGAGCGAGAUUGGCAAGGGUGCCUACGGUGUGGUGAGGCUGGCCUACAACGAAAGUGAAGACAGACACUAUGCGAUGAAAGUCCUUUCCAAAAAGAAGUUACUGAAGCAGUAUGGCUUUCCUCGCCGUCCUCCCCCUAGAGGGUCUCAAGCCACCCAGGGAGGACCAGCCAAGCAGCUGUUGCCGCUAGAGCGUGUGUACCAGGAGAUUGCCAUCCUAAAAAAGCUAGACCACGUGAACGUAGUCAAAUUGAUCGAGGUCCUGGAUGACCCUGCCGAGGACAAUCUCUAUUUGGUGUUUGACCUCCUGAGAAAGGGGCCCGUCAUGGAAGUGCCCUGCGACAAGCCCUUCCCGGAGGAGCAAGCUCGCCUCUACCUGCGGGACAUCAUCCUGGGCCUCGAGUAUUUGCACUGCCAGAAGAUUGUCCACAGGGACAUCAAGCCAUCCAAUCUACUCCUCGGGGACGAUGGGCAUGUGAAGAUCGCCGACUUCGGGGUCAGCAACCAGUUCGAGGGGAACGAUGCUCAGCUGUCUAGCACGGCAGGGACCCCGGCAUUCAUGGCCCCCGAGGCCAUUUCUGAUUCUGGCCAGAGCUUCAGUGGGAAGGCCUUGGAUGUAUGGGCCACCGGGGUCACCUUGUAUUGCUUUGUCUAUGGGAAGUGCCCAUUCAUUGAUGAGUACAUCCUGGCCCUUCACAGGAAGAUCAAGAAUGAGGCCGUGGUGUUCCCUGAGGAGCCAGAGGUCAGCGAAGAGCUCAAGGAUCUGAUCCUGAAGAUGCUAGACAAGAACCCUGAAACAAGAAUCGGGGUGUCCGAUAUCAAGUUACACCCUUGGGUGACUAAACAUGGAGAGGAGCCCCUCCCUUCAGAGGAGGAGCAUUGUAGUGUGGUGGAGGUGACUGAGGAGGAGGUGAAGAACUCAGUCAAGCUCAUCCCCAGCUGGACCACUGUGAUCCUGGUCAAGUCCAUGCUAAGAAAGCGUUCCUUUGGCAACCCAUUCGAGCCCCAAGCACGCAGGGAAGAAAGAUCCAUGUCUGCUCCAGGAAAUUUACUGCUGAAAGAAGGAUGUGGAGAAGGGGGCAAAAGCCCAGAGCUUCCCGGAGUCCAGGAAGAUGAGGCUGCAUCCUGAGUCCCUGCAUGUGCCCAGGGCCAUCGGCAGCAUGCUCAUUCCGCACCUCCAGAGGCCCACCGCCCUCAUGCAAUAGCCGCCCCUGCAGGCAGGGGGCUGGGGACUGCGGUCCCUCUCCCGCCCCCCCUCCCCCAUUGUGCUGCAUGACCUGCGCACAGGCACGUCCAUGGACAGGAUUGGAAUGUGUAUCAUUUGGGGUUUGAGGUUCCUGGUUCUCUCUGUUCUGAUCCAUCUUGUGGGGAAGUCUGGGGCCCACAGAAUAUUAGAAACCCUAUCUGACUGGCUGGUGAGGCCCAGGUAGAAGG